GGCGGGAGCCUCAGUAGCCGCUUGUACGUCGACCGGAAGAGCUCUUCGCGUUACGCUGUCCCGAGACGCGCAGCGCGCCAUCGCCGACCAGAGAUCGACGAAUCGAACUCUCGUUUCACCGAGUCAACCCUCCGCUUUUGUUUCAUUCGUUUUCUUUUCUUUUUAAUUAGAAGACUCUCCCGCUUGGUGUUUGAUUUAAAAAUCAGAAAGUUUCUCUCUGUUACUAGUGGAUGUUUCGAAACGAAUGAACGAACGAACACAAGCUAUUUUGUCAUUUUGGUGAAGUGUCUGGUGAAUGGAUUUUUGGAAUAAGUGUGACAACGAGUAGAUAGAGGAUGUGCUAAUAUGAACACGGAGCAGUGAACCGUGAGCCUAUAAGUGUAUAAUAUAAUAAAAAGAAAAAAAAUUGGAAACACGGAGACACGAUGAGAAGUGCCACAAGAUAUCGAGAAGCGCGACCUUCCCUUUUCGCGUCCCUUUUUGUCGUCCUCGUCGUUUUUGUGAUCGGUGUACGCGGACUUAAGAAUAUAUCUAUCGAUAUUCCAUUGGCUGUAGCAGCUGGCACGACCGUCAAUAUGAGUUGCGAAUACGAUUUAGAAUCAGAUACUUUAUACGUAAUGAAAUGGUACUACAAAGGUUCUGAAUUUUUUCGAUACGUUCCUAAAGAGUUGCCACCGACAAGUACUUUUGGAGAAUUGGGUAAUAAGGUUAUUCUAAAUAAAAGUGAUGAUCAUCGUGUAGUUUUAAGGGAUCUGCAGCCAAACUACACUGGGAAAUAUCUCUGCGAGGUUUCUGGCGAUUCUCCAUCAUUCACUACUUUGGUAGACCUUGCUUACAUGCAUGUGGCUAACCUCCCGAAUGGCGAACCUCAAGUAAGAGUCGAGAAGGUGCGGUAUGCAGUAGGAGAUACUGUGCGUGCAAACUGCACUGUUCCUUCGGGAAACCCUCCGGCAAAUGUGACGUGGACUGUCAAUGGGGUACCGGUGAAUUCCAGUUUUAUAAUGAACGUAACGGACAAGCUCAGUGACAAUCAGCAAAUAAUGUGUAUCGCAGGAUUGGAUUUCGAGAUUAUACCAGAUAGCUUUAACAACGGAAGAUUACAUAUUGUUUGCAACGCUAAUGUCUUUCAUUUGUAUAAAAAACAAGCUGGUGUUUUUUUGAUCGAGGAACGGCCACGUUUAGCAUCUGUACUAGGAACUCGGGAAUCUUCUUACAUUGGAGGUGCAGCAACACAAUUUAAAGAAUGGUUCUUGGAUGUCGCAGUUACGCUGUUGCUGUGCAGUUUUAGAUAACAACGAUGAACCCGUUAAUCACCCUAUACGUAUAUGACUGUAUCGAAAUGAGAGGGCAAAUUGUUUGUAAAAUUUUGAAAUUAAGUGCGACGAGGAAAGAGCGACAAAAAUUUUUCGUUAACAUAAAUAUCGACCGUAUGUUAUUCGUGUAAAUAGGAUAAAAAUUUAGCUAAUUAUCUACAUGUAAUUGCGACCUGUGCUGUCUCGUUGCAACGAGACGAAUUUAUAACCUGAAUAACAUGUCAUAAUAUUAUGUAUUAGAUCGACGAUGUGUCGCGCCAAAGUGUUCGAGAACUUAUUUCAGUACUAUUAUAUCGUGUUUUCUAUCCUCUGACAAUGAUUUUGAUACCUCUUCCGUAAAACAUUCCGUAAAACAUAACUGCCACACUGUAUCAUCACAAGUUUCUAGGUAAAAGCUGUUAUUAUUUGUGAAUGAAGUUUUACUUAAGUAAAAAACAAAUAAAUAAUUCACCUUCGUUA